AUGGAUGAGGCAUAUGAUGAGCGACCGCGCAAGAAACGACGCAAGUACAUUGCAAGAGCAUGUAAUGAAUGCAAACGCCGCAAGAUCAAAUGUAAUGGUGAAGCGCCAUGUUAUCGUUGUGGUCGGCAGCGCAUUGAAUGUGUCUAUGUGGAGAAUCCCCCUAACGACCCUCUCGGGGACCAAGAGAACUUUGAGAGGCUGUUUGAACAAAUGCGAUCGAUGCAGGACCAGAUCGCGUCGUUAUCUGCAGCUGUCCGCACGGUGACGCACAGUGACGCGUCUCCCCUUUUUGGUGCAAGGUCCAGCGUAGUCGCGACUGCAUCAGGAUCUUUUCCAGCUCAAAGAUCCAUACGUCGAGUAUCGUCAGCUCGCGAGGCCCCAUUUCAAGGCCCGACAACCUCAGGAUAUAGUUUUGAUCUUGCUAGAUCUAGCUUACAGCAGCAUGGAAUCGUGGAGCGCAACGAGACAGGGGAUGAGGGUGAAUUCACCCAAGAGCCGUCGCCCCUGACAUCGCCUUCCGCUCCAAACCAUGAAUUAGAAGUGCAUCAGGCGGUAGAUCCCCUAUGGGCUCUGCCGAAAGAUGAAGCCUUGCGACUUUGUCGAGUCUAUGAAGAAGAAAUGGGAAUUAUGUACCCUGUUUUGGAACUUACAGAGCUUUUGGGCCAAGUACAUCAACUAUAUGGUUUGAUGGACAACACUGGGAACGUUCCAAACCCAACAGAGGGAAGCAAUCACUUGGAUCGGAAUGACAUCCAUAUUCUUAGAUUGGUUUUUGCGUGUGCUUUGACGGCCGAAGCGAGUGGUCGCAGUCAGCAGGCAAUCGCACUUUUUGAUAGUGUACGGGAAGUGCAAGACAACUGUGUGUGGGGACCCCCAGAAAUCAAAAGCAUAAUAUUUUUGACCUUGGUGUCGAUUUUCUAUUUUCAAAUGGACGAAGAGACUCUUGCAUGGCGAACAAUUGGUAUAGUCGAGCGCAUGUGCUUAGAGAAAGGUCUGCACAGACGGGAGACUUUGAAACACCGAUCAAUUGAGGCUGCGGGAAGAGAACGAGUCCUUCGUCUUUUUUGGUCCAUUUAUAUACUUGAUAUGCGUUGGAGCUUUGGAACAGGUAUGCCCUUCGCGCUAGAGGACACCGACAUUGACCCUUGGCUUCCGGAGCCAGAGGAAAAAACGCCCUAUUUGCGUGUCAUGAUUCGCUACAGUCGCAUUGCUGCUAAGGUGUGGAAAUUUAUAUCGGCAUUCAACAACACGAAUGAAAUUAGGAAGGACGAAAUGAACUACUUGGAUUGGCAAGUACUCCGUUGGGCACAGACAAUUCCCGACUCUUUACGAUUAGAUCAUCCCAGCACGCCAGAGUCAGAUGCUGCCAUUGAAGGCCCGAGAAGCCUGCGAAGGUUGCGCGCACUUCUUUACCUGCGCUCUAAUCAACUACGGAUGCUCAUUCAUCGCCCAGUACUACAUACUGCUGGGCAUAUUGUCCGAUACCCUGGCGAAUCACAUACUGUCGUUGAAAUUGCCAAGGACACAAUACGGUUCAUCACUCGAUUGAAUGAAACCUCAGAUAUCUACAAACUUCAGCAAGUGACCUUCAACUGGUUUUUGGUUUCUGCACUGGCGGUUCUGUUCUUGGCCACUUCCCAGGCACCAUCCCAAUUCAGUGCUUCGUGCAAAGCCGAGUUUUAUUUGGCAUUGGAAUUAGUCAAGGGAUUUUCCACAAAGUCAUACAUCUCUCGAAGACUGUGGAAAUCUAUUCGGGGCCUUCGUAAAUUGGGCCCACAAUUAGGAUUGAGCGUGCAAAAGGGCCGACCGGAUGGAUCAGCCCCUGAAAAUCACAAUCCCCUUGAGUCCUCCAAUCACUUCGAAUCACCGAACGUAGCUCCGGAUUCAAGCAUUCAUAGCCAAACACCUUUGGACGGAGCGCAAAUGACACAAGAACUAAUGGAGUGGUUUGAAGCUGUCGGAAACUUGGAAGAUCAAAUCAUGGGGGUAGGCACAGGGCUGCUACCAGAUGAAGGUGCUUGGCAGCAAAUGCCCAACGGGGCAUAUGUCUAUGAUUACGGAGGGGAACUCUCUAGCAUGAUGAGAGACUGCUUUUGA